AUGACAUCGUCUCCAAACACAUCUCAGGAUAGCAGUGGCCUUCUAGGGGCUGUGGAAGCCUUCAAUUCGACCUUGACAGCGGAGCACCAGUUGUAUUUCUUGCCCACAGAGUUCAGCCAACUACAAGAAUCGGUGAAACACAUCACCGUGAUUGCCAACGGCAAAAUUCAGGAUUCCAAGGUUUUCAAUCUUCUGGCAAAACUUGACCAUGCUCUUGACCCAUAUUUCAAGGUGGUUGGGAUUUUUGUUUCUGCCAAGCCCGAGGUUGCGGCGUUUGUAUGGGGUGCCAUACGUCUUAUCUUACAACUGGCAUCCAACUUCAGCACAUUUUUCGAAAAGCUCACCUUGCUCCUUGAACAACUUGCUGUGUCCUUCAGCCAAUACGGGGAAAUCCACAAACAUUGUGCCACCAUUGACCGUCUGAAGCAUUCAAAAAUCCCCAGCAUACUCGAGAGGAUAUACAAGGAUGUGUUUGAAAUAUUUCAAAGCUGUACGCAGAUCUUUGUCAAACGUGAUGGAAGACCCAAGAAGGCCGUCAUCAUCACAGGACAUUUGUUGUGGAAGUCUUUUCACACCCGCUUUCAAGACCAACUAUCGAGCCUGUCGGAUCAUCGCAAGGAGUUUAUCGAGGAACUUGCUGUGAGCCAGAUGUGCUUUUCGAUGAGUGAUGCAGUUCGUAACGACGCCUUUGGAGAUAUGGUCACCCACUUUACUGAGCUUAGCACGGAAGAAAUGGAGAGUGCAAGAAAGGAACGAGACCUUUCACAAAAGGAAAGGGAGAUCCGAGCUAUGGAUACCCGUCAGCUAAAUGAAGGAGCAAGCCGCCUAGAACUGUCCUUGCUGGAAGUACAAGAAGCUUUGCGGAAUUUGGAAACUGAUCGCAUGAGAAACCCCGGAUCAGGGAAAACUGUAUUAGCUGCUUCGAUCGUCGAAAACCUCCAGAGUCAACUAAGAACUUGUCGCACUGAAACCUAUUACUACUUCUUCGACCACAGAUCCCCGGCCGAUACCAACGCUGUUUCAGCCUAUAGAUCCCUCCUAUCGCAGAUUGUGUCUUUUAAUCAGCAAGACAAAGGACUUCUGGACCAGUUUUCUUUCGCGGUAAACAAUUCUUGGCAGAUAAGAGGUCAGCUGGAGGCUGGCAAAACAGCUUUGAUGGAUCUCCUUUCUUUAUCACUCAGCCGUGACUCCAUUCUAGUUCUGGAUGGGAUUGACGAAUGCGAGGAUAAGGAUGAAUUCAUUACUUUCCUACUUGAUGUUUGGAAGGGAAAUAUGCCGCACAUCAUUUUUCUGAGUCGCGUCAAUGUCACAAGCCUCAAACGAUACGUUCCGGAAACACACCAGCUGCAGAUUUCCAAAAACAAGGUUUCAGAGGACAUUCGGGUAUUCAGCACCCUCAAAUUGGAGUCACUGUUUAGUAGCGGAAUUCUGUCGUCAAGCAGCUUCUCACGAAAAUCUGACAUGGUGGACCGAAUGGUCUGUGGGUCAAAUGGUAUGUUCCUCUGGGCGCGUCUCAUGAUCAACUUUCUAGAAUCACCGUAUCUCGACGAGCUCGAGAAAAUGAGUGUGUUUGAACAGAUAAACACACCAGAAGGUCUAGAAGUGAUGUAUAGUCGGAUUGUCCGGCUUAUAUUGGCUUCUAGUCAAAGGGCUAGCCGUCUGGCUUCUAACAUACUCUUACGACUGAUACACGCGCCUGUACCGGUCUCAUCCCGUCAUAUCUGGCAGAGCCUGGUCGUGGAUGGCUUGAGAUCAACCCCAGAAGACUUGGAGCAUCUUCAAGAGUUCGAAGAUUCAAUAAUUAUGGUCUGUGGAGGACUCAUUGAGCGUACCACAAUUCACGCUCCCCUGCCUGUCUUCCAAGAUGAGCCUUCUCUACCCGUCAGCUGGUUACUUCACCUUGAAGACUUCAUCCGCGCAGCGUCAGCCACAAUAUCUCUAUUUCAAGGAACGUGGUCCUUCGCAUUCCAACAGGCACUGCACAACUUCUGGUCACAAUUCAACACCUUCUUAAAUACCCCUGCCACUAUAUCUGUUUGGCUGGAAGCAUUUUACACUUAUCCUUACCAGGAUUCCCUUGCUCACCCACUUCUGUCCCCUCUUGAUGGCCUGGCAACUUGGGCUAAACAAGCUAUUUCUCUUGGCAUUAGAGUCCCUUUCGACUCGAAGUUUGCCACAAACAUUGAAUUGUUCAGAGACGAAGUAUAUAAAGCCGUGAGUGUAUGGGGCAUGUCGCUACGUGCUAUGCCUUGUACUGUAUGGGACGAGAUGACCGGAUUUAUGGACAGCAAUCACUUUUUCUGGUCUUCCCACAGCACACGACUAACAUACCAACAGCCAACGGCGCCUCUACUGCCCACGCCUACACAAGAACCCGCAGCUCUGAUGUCCAGAACCUCUGGUUCUGGUGAGUUGAAAGCUACUCUUUGUAUCUGGGGUAACGCGCUUUACCAUGACUCGAGUCUAAAGGCCAGAGUUUGGCAGAGUCGAACAGGUGUCGACCUGGCCGACUUAUGCUCUGGCUGGAUGGCGACCUAUGAGGUGUGGAAGAUUCAGCCUGAGACGAGCCGAUUGGCACGAGGAGAAGUUUCCAUCCGUCCCGAGGAGCUACGCAAUCCAAUAAAAAACUAUUUGAACGUUAGUGGAGUUUCGAUAGCCGACCUUCCCAUGGCGAUAAAUUCCAAGCUCGACACCUUUGUUAUCUUGGGAACCUUGUACUCCCUCAACCCAACAAUGCACAAAUCUGAACCAAAUUACAAGUCGUGCCCCUUGCCCAAACAGCUGGCUGACACGGAUUCCGACCGGUGGACUCCACUGAGCGGACGAUUUCCGUGGCCAGACACUCACUCAGUUACAUUCUCCGUUAGCACCCAACAUUUCGUUCUUUUAGAGAGCAAUGCGACUGACCAACAAAGUCUCACAAUUUGCCAAUAUGCAUACUCGCAGCAUCUCGAUGUACAAAUUCUUAACUUGGUGAAUAUUGCACCAGGUAUGAGGAGAAUUGAAAAGAUUAUCUUCCACCCAACUCAUCAUCUCAUCGCCUUUUGUGUAUUUUCAAGUCUGAGGACAUCGGGAUGGCAAAACGCUACAUUUUUGUGGGCAUAUACAAGAGAUGUGCUGAAACUAUUCCCUUUAGCCCACGGUCACCCUUCUGAAGCGGUUGGAUUUUCUUCCUGUGGCCAAUUUUUUGUCGCUCGUCAAAAAUACUCUACGCAAAGCCCCCAAGUUUUACGAAUUCCACCAGACCUUCUUGAGCAUACCAGAGUUGUAUCAUCAGAAACGACUCCGAGAAGCUCAUCCGUUGUCGCUGGGCUAGAAAGUAAUGAGGUUGCAUUUUCCACCUUGCAUCAAUCAGCCGCUACGGAGGUUUGGAAAGUGGAUGAUGACGGAAAGGUCUCAUCCUUUGGGGUUCAGGCAUCGGAGACAGGAAUCUAUGUCACUGCACAGUCUAACCAAGGUACGCAGGUAUCAAACUUGGUCACGUUACCGAUAUGGCAGGGAGCGGGCGAGACAGCUCAACGAGUCAUAGUUCCACAGUUUGAAGGCGACAGCUUGAAGAUAAGCGUUGAUGUCGAUACCCAAACGCUAAGUCCAGGCUCGACAUAUCAGUUAGCGAAGGCCGGUGGCAACAUCAAACCUGCAGUCAUCUACAGGAAUCCCCAAUUCGUUGCCUUGAGUAAUAUGGAGAACAAUGUUGGGAAGGAAUUGGCAUGGCCUAGUGCGCAAGAAACUGAUACUAUGGGCAGAGAGUUCUGA